GGCUACACAAAACCACCUCACACUACGACUUUCAUAAUACAACAGUUAACCGCUACGUAGGUAAAAUACGAGAUUAUUUACCGGUGUUUAACUGGAAAGGCGAGCUACACCAAAGAUACAUCUCACUUAAGGAAAAUGGAAACAGUUGCGGGUCAGAAAGAGAAGGCGAAGUUUGCCCCGCUGGUGCCCCGUGAGAAGAAGCCAGGGCAUGGAGAGAAAGGAGAGGUGAAAAAGAGUGAGAAUAAGUGGAAAGAAGAGGGGGGUGGAAAUAAGGAGAUAAACAUUGAUGUAGGAAAGAAGACAGGAGGAUCAUGUGAAGGAGAGAGAGGAGUAGAGAGCAAGGGUAAGGCAUCUGGGUUAGAGAAGAAAAGAGGAGAACGGAUGAAGAAAGAAGGGAAGAAGAAGAUGCCAGAUACAGAAAAAGCUAGGGCUGCCGAUGAAGGGGUUCCCCAACAACAGGAAGGUAAAGAGGGAGAGAGAGGAGGAGGAGAGGGAGCGAAGGAGAAUAAAAAACAGAAAAAUAAGGAGGAAGACCAAUCCAGUAAGGAAACAGAUCAAGGGAAGGAGAGAAUGAAUGUGAAAAAGAAGAAGAAAGAGAAUGAGAAGGUCAGAAAGGAAGGGAAAGAGAUGAAAAAGAAGAGACAGAGGGAUGAGACAGAGAGCAAUAAGAAGGUAGUGUGUGGAAUACAGUUAGUGUUCCUUACUUAGCCAGAAGUAAUACAGCUGGUAGGCCUUACUUAGCCAGUAGUAAUAGUUAGUAGACCUUACUUAGCCAGUAGUAAAACAGUUAGUAGACCUUACUUAGCCAGUACUAAAACAGUUAGUAGGCCUUACUUAGCCAGUAGUAAUACAGUUAGUAGGCCUUACUUAGCCAGUAGCAAACAGUUAGUAGGACCUUAAUUAGCCAGUACUAAAACAGUUAGUAGGCCUUACUUAGCCAGUAGUCAUACAGUUAGUAGACCUUACUUAGCCAGUAGCAAACAGUUAGUAGGCCUUACUUAGCCAGUAGUAAUACAGUUAGUAGGCCUUACUUAGCCAGUAGCAAACAGUUAGUAGGACCUUAAUUAGCCAGUACUAAAACAGUUAGUAGGCCUUACUUAGCCAGUAGUAAUACAGUUAGUAGGCCUUACGUAGCCAGUACUAAAACAGUUAGUGUUCCUUACUUAGCCAGAAGUAAUACAGCUGGUAGGCCUUACUUAGCCAGUAGUAAUACAGUUAGUAGACCUUACUUAGCCAGUAGUAAUACAGUUAGUAGGCCUUACUUAGCCAGUAGCAAACAGUUAGUAGGACCUUAAUUAGCCAGUACUAAAACAGUUAGUAGGCCUUACUUAGCCAGUAGUAAUACAGUUAGUAGGCCUUACGUAGCCAGUACUAAAACAGUUAGUGUUCCUUACUUAGCCAGAAGUAAUACAGCUGGUAGGCCUUACUUAGCCAGUAGUAAUACAGUUAGUAGACCUUACUUAGCCAGUAGUAAUACAGUUAGUAGACCUUACUUAGCCAGUAGUAAUACAGUUAGUAGGCCUUACUUAGCCACUAGUAAUACAGUUAGUAGGCCUUACUUAGCCAGUAGCAAACAGUUAGUAGGACCUUAAUUAGCCAGUAGUCAUACAGUUAGUAGGCCUUACUUAGCCAGUACUAAAACAGUUAGUAGGCCUUACUUAGCCAGUAGCAAACAGUUAGUAGGACCUUAAUUAGCCAGUAGUCAUACAGUUAGUAGGCCUUACGUAGCCAGUACUAAAACAGUUAGUAGGCCUUAAUUAGCCAGUAGUAAUACAGUUAGUAGGCCUUACUUAGCCAGUAGUAAUACAGUUAGUAGGCCUUACGUAGCCAGUACUAAAACAGUUAGUAGGCCUUAAUUAGCCAGUAGUAAUACAGCUGGUAGGCCUUACUUAGCCAGUAGUAAUACAGUUAGUAGACCUUACUUAGCCAGUAGUAAACAGUUAGUAGGACCUUAAUU